CGACCGUCGGACAACUGGCUUCCAUUGCCUGAACUCACAAUGGCCGAGCCCAGUCCUAGUCGAAUGCAUGCCCGAGUUUCAAAGCCAGUAUUUCUAGGUCUUCUGUGGACGUUCACAUGGACCGCGUUCCUCUUCAUCCUGUUCCGUAUCGCUGUCCGAUAUGGUUCCUUCCGACGCCUCUAUUUGGAUGACUUUUUUGUUCUGCUUGCGUGGGUAAUGAUGUUGACUAGCGCCAUCAUCUGGCAGAUUGAGGGGCAGGUGCUGUAUGAUGUAUACGGGAUGGAUGCAGGGAAGCAGCCCUACACCCCUGAUGUUAUCCACAAGUUUGUCAACUUCCUUCGGUUCGUUGGUCCGCUCUCCAUUAUCUUUUACUCAAGUCUAUGGUGCGUCAAGUUUUCCUUUCUGGCCUUCUUCUCCCGACUAGGGUCCAAGAUCAAGAGCCAUCGGAUCUGGUGGAGUGUAGUUUUGUUUGUUACCGUGGCCCUCUGGAUGGUCUCAGUGACGGAUAUAGACUUCAGGUGCAGUUUUGGGAGCCCUGAAUUCUUGUUCACCCAGUGUCCCAACCUUUACCACAUACACUUUCAAUACCGCGUAUUAUGGACUAACUGCGCCGGGGAUGUGCUUACUGAUCUACUGAUCCUCUCAAUCCCGGUUUUUCUCCUCUGGAACACGCGCAUUACAUUCAGAAAAAAGGUUAUCUUACUGAGCGUCUUCUCCGUCACGGUCAUUGUCAUGGUCGUUUCCAUCAUCCGGAUGGCCGUCAACCCCUCCCUCGAUACUCCGUUCGAUAUCUCAUGGUCAUACGUAUGGAGCUUUGUCGAGAUGGGAACCGCAAUCAUUAGCUCAUGCAUGGGGUCCUUCCGUCAACUAUUCGUCACAUCCCAGAACCAACAUCUCUUUCGCAAGGCUGCAUCUCAGAAGCCCCAACACCCGCUCCUUAAUAGCGUGCGGAACCUCUACACGCGCACGCAGUCGGGUCCGGGUGUCGAGGGCGACGUGGAGUCGCAGAAAGGAGCUGUCGGGGCAAACCUUGUCCCGCUUAAUGCUGUCCAUGUGCGCAGCGAUUUCGAUGUUGAGAGCGCGCCAGCUAGUUUGACUCCUUCUCGUGAGAGAGUAUGGGAUUGAUUAAUACACGCCUUCAUACGUCCCCAGUAGUACGGGGUCUGUUUGGUCUGGAGCGAUCAUAUUGGGCUUGGAAUGUGUAUGAAAUCAACACGGGCAUGAUUGCUUCUGAGUCAUACUGCCCAGAGUACUUUACUGGACCAAGCUGUCUGCCGUGAACUGCUGAGGUAUCUUUGAAAGUAGUACUAUGAUAGAUAGACGCUCAAUUCUGAUGAGGUGCUAGCACGACCUCGAAUUCCUC